AUGCCACCACGAUCCGUGGCUUUUGGGUGCCCCGGGAGAGCUCUGUGCCCCGGGAAUCCCGCCUCCGUGGGUGCCGGGCCGUUGGUUACGGGUGUAUCCCUCGGCGAUCCGAGGCGCAGGGUCGCCUCUCACCGCUCUCCCCCCGGUCGCAGGCGAGCCGUCAGGCGCCAAGCCAUCCGGCAUCCCACCAAAAUCGACAAGGACAAGGGGCCCACCAAAGCCACCACCACCAAGCUGGUGUACCUCAUCUUCGACACCUUCUUCUCGGAGCAGAUCGAGAAGGACGAGAGGGAAGACGACAAGGAGAACGCCAUGAAGCGCCGGCGCUGCGGCGUCUGCGAGGUCUGCCAGCAGCCGGAAUGCGGCAAGUGCAAGGCUUGCCAGAACAUGGUGAAGUUCGGCGGCAGCGGACGGAGCAAGCAGGCUUGUUUGCAGAGGAGGUGUCCCAACUUGGCCGUCCGGGAAGCCGAUGAGGACGAGGAGGUGGAUGACAACAUCCCCGAGAUGCCGUCGCCCAAGAAGAUGCUGCAGGGCAGGAAGAAGAAGCAGAACAAGAGCCGGAUCUCCUGGGUGGGGGAACCCGUCAAGAGCGAUGGGAAGAAGGACUAUUACCAGAGGGUCUGCAUCGACUCGGAGGUGACAGCCAUGUGGGAGGACAGCAGUGGCCAGAUGUUCCACGCUCACUGGUUCUGCCCCGGCUCCGACACCGUCCUGGGAGCCACCUCCGACCCUCUGGAGCUCUUCCUGGUGGACGAGUGCGAGGACAUGCAGCUCUCCUACAUCCACGGCAAAGUCAAAGUCAUCUACAAGGCGCCCUCGGAGAACUGGUCGAUGGAGAACGGGGUGCAGUACCGGGUGGGAGACGGCGUCUACCUCCUGCCGGAAGCCUUUUCCUUCAGCAACGGCAAACCCAACGAGGCCGACAUCAAGCUGCGCAUCUGCAAGUUUUACCGACCUGAGAACACGCACAAAUCCAUGAAAGCCAGUUACCACGCGGACAUCAACCUCCUGUACUGGAGCGACGAGGAGACGACGGUCGACUUCCGCGCCGUGCAGGGCCGUUGCACGGUGGUGUACGGGGAAGACCUGACGGAGAGUAUCCAGGAUUACUCCGCCGGUGGGCUCGACCGCUUCUACUUCUUGGAGGCUUACAACGCGAAGACCAAGAGCUUUGAAGAUCCUCCCAACCACGCUCGGAGCUCUGGCAAGAAGGGGAAGGGGAAAGGGAAAGGUGAGUCUGCUCGAGGGGGGGAGAGGUCUCGGGUGGGCGAACCGCUCCGCCUCUGCCAAGCGGACCUGUCGCCAUCCAGAGCGGAGGAAGAGGAGGAGGAGGAGGAGAAGAAUUUGCCCGGGAAGCACGAAAAGGAGGGAAUGGCUUCGCCUUUUGAUGGGAGCGGGGUUGUGUCCGCAGGGAAAGGCAAAGGGAAGUCGGCGCUGCCGCAGAAGGGCGAUGUGGAGAUGCUGUGUGGUGGCCCCCCGUGCCAGGGCUUCAGCGGCAUGAACCGCUUCAACUCCCGCACCUACUCCAAGUUCAAGAACUCCUUGGUGGUCUCCUUCCUCAGCUACUGCGACUACUACAGACCGCGGUUCUUCCUGCUGGAGAACGUCAGGAAUUUCGUCUCCUUCAAGCGUUCCAUGGUGCUGAAGCUCACCUUGCGUUGCCUUGUCCUCCUCGGAGCCACGCUGGGGCUGACUGGUGGCACGAGGCUUUGGCUGCUCAUGGCUCCCUCCUUCCUCCCCAGGACGUAUUCCGGUCCUUUCCGCACCAUCACCGUGCGCGACACCAUGUCCGACCUGCCGGAGGUCAGGAACGGUGCCUCCGCCUUGGAGAUCUCCUACAACGGGGAACCCCAGUCCUGGUUCCAGCGGCAGAUCCGGGGCUCCCA